AUGGAAGAAUCAAAUCCAAGACAGCAGCAAGUGGAGAAGAGUCUUACACCUCUACUGCCUUAUCCCCAAAGAUUCCACAAAGAAGCAAAGGAUCAGCACUUUCAUAAGUUCUUCGAGACUUUCAAGAAGCUAGAGAUUAACAUUUCCUUGGCUGAGGCAUUAGAGCAAAUGCCUUUGUAUGCUAAGUUCUUGAAGGAGCUUAUCAACAAGAAAAGAAGUUGGCUGGAGAAGGAGACUAUACUGCUUACUGAGGAAUGCAGGGCCUUGAUUCAAAAAGGGCUUCCCCCUAAACUUGCAGAUCCUGGAAGUUUCUUUUUACCUUGCACCAUUGGGAGAUUGACCAUCAACAAGGCAAUGUGUGAUCUAGGAGCAAGGGAAAUUAAGCCCAUACAAAUGUCUCUAGAACUGGUAGAUAAGUCAGUAGUAUAUCUCAGGGGUGUGAUUGAAAACCUUCUAGUCAAGGUGGACAAAUUCAUAUACCUUGCAGACUUUGUGGUUUUAGAUUCAGAUGAGGAUGAAGGUGAUUCUGUCAUACUUGGGAGACCUUUCUUGGCCACUGCUAGAGCCAUUAUAGAUGUGGAACAAGGAAAGCUAACCCUUCGAAUGCAUGAAGAGAACAUCAUCCUGAAUGUGUUUUCAGAGACACAGUCCAGUAAUGAGAAGAAUAACUGCAUGGAAGUUGACAAAGGAAGCUUAUAUUGGAAGGAAGGAGUUAGCAAAACAGUUGAAAAUCAUCUUCCAAGGUAA